UGGGAGACCGGUUCCAUAACUACCAUUAAGUUGUUAGUACUGUGCCCUGCGUUUUGCGUCUCCCGUCCGCGCUUGUUAUUCGUCCCGCCGUCAGUCGUUUCUGUGUCGCUUACUUCGACACUUUUACGUCGUUUAUCUUCAACGUCUGCCCGUCGUCAUCUAUACGUAAAAUAAUUUUAAAUGGAUCAAAUUAGACCUUCAAGGGGAAAAGCUCGUGGACGUCCUCAAGUUGCAACAAAUCCACCCGGUGUAUCAGGAUUUCCUCAAAUACCAACAAAUCAACAGGGUUUAUCUGGACUUCCUCAAGGAGUUCGAGGACCUAGACCAAUACAUACUACACCAUCACUACAACCACCAAUUACAGGACCUAGACCAACUUCUUCACAGCCAAUACAUUCUACUCAACCAUUGCCAACACCAAUUACAGGUGUAACUAUGCAACGCCCACCUCGUCAGAUGCAACCCCGAGCUGCUGGUCCCCCACAGCAAAGGGCGCCUAGGCCUCUUGGACCAAGACCUGUUGUUUCUAGUGAUCAAAGUUCAGCUCCGAGGCAAGACCCGAUGGCAGGAGUGCAACAAGUUACUGAAGGACUAAAAAAUUUGGGUGCAGGAGAUGCACUAGUACCUUUAGGGCGUGGUGCAGUAAGAGGACGAAGACAAAUUGAUGUUGAACAUUUUAGGACACCAAGACCUGAAUCUUCAUUAGGAAAUGUUGGAAAAAAAGGAACCACUGGGCAGCCAGUAAAAUUGUUGGCAAAUUAUUUUCCUAUCACUUCGUAUACAAAUUGGUGUUUGUAUCAAUAUAGAGUUGACUUUAAUCCAGAAGAAGAUAGAAUUAGCACUAAAAGAGGGUUAUUAGCUCAGCAUCGAGAACGAUUAGGAGGAUAUUUAUUUGACGGAACUAUGUUAUUUUCUGGAAGUCGAUUUGAUCCACCAAAUUUUGAACUUACUUCAAAACGUCGUUCGGAUGAUCAAAUAAUUAUCAUUUCAGUUAAAUUCACUAAUGUAAUAGAAACUGGUGAUUAUGCUAACAUUCAAGUCUUCAACUUACUUUUGCGUAAUUGUCUUCGGCAUCUGAAACUAACAUUGAUUGGAAGAAACUUUUAUGAUCCUGCUGCUAAAAUUGAUAUGGCCCAACAUAAGCUUCAACUUUGGCCAGGUUAUGAAACAACAAUAGGCAGAUAUGAAGAUAACAUUUUACUAUGUGCAGAAAUAUCUACGAAAGUCAUGCGCCAAGAGACUGUAUUGGAUUUUUUAAAUCAGUGUGCUGCUGAUAGGAAUAGAAACAAAGAUUGGAUGAUCAACUUCAAAAGUGGUAUUGUUGGUACGACAGUUAUGACUAAGUAUAACAAUGAAACAUAUAGAAUAGAUGACGUAGAUGAAAAUUCUGACCCCAAUUCUGAAUUCACUAAAAAAGAUGGGUCAAAAAUGACUUACGUGCAAUAUUAUAAAGAAAAAUGGAAUUUACCGAUUCGAGGAGGCAAACAACCCAUGUUGAUUUCUAAAAAUAAAAGAUCUAUAAGGCGAUUUGGAGAAGAAGAUACAUUGAUAUAUCUUGUUCCAGAAUUAUGUAUUAUGACUGGUAUUACUGAUGCCAUGAGAAGUAAUUUCACCCUUAUGAAAGAUAUGGCUAUACAUACCCGUGUGAAUCCCAAAGAACGCAUGGACAGAUUAACAAAUUUUGCUAAUCGUCUUCUUAAUACUCCUGAUUCUGUUACUGAAUUGAAAAGAUGGAAUUUGACAUUAAGUAAUAGGCUUGUUGAACUUACUGCUCGUACUUUACCACCGGAACCGAUUCAAAGUCGCACUAAAGGAUAUAAUGGUGGUGAUGAAGCAGAUUGGACAAAGCAUUUACGUUCUCUACCUAUGUUUACCUCUGCGAUGGUGAAGCAUUGGGUUAUUUUAACUCCUAGAGACAACUGUCGAGAAGUUGAUGCAUUUGCUCAAUCUCUUGCUAGAGCCGCACAAGGAAUGACGUUUUUACUACCUAAGCCCACUAUAGUCCCUAUGAAUGAUGGUAGAUCUAAUACGUUUUUAACCCAUCUUGAACAAGUGAUCAAUGAAUCGAAUCCAGCAUUAAUUUUAUGUGUCAUUCCAUCAGCACGUGGUGAUAUUUAUAGUUUGAUUAAACGAAAAUUGUGUAUUGAUAGAGCAGUACCAUCCCAAGUUGUAUUGUUAAAAAAUGUUCAAAAGAACAAUUUGUCAGUGUGUACUAAAAUCGCAAUUCAGAUCAAUUGCAAACUUGGAGGUGCUCCUUGGCUAGUUACUAUACCUAAAAAAGGAAUGAUGAUUAUUGGUUUUGAUGUAUGCCAUGACAGUCAACGGAAAAAUAUAUCAUUUGGAGCCUUAGUGGCUACUAUGAACGAUGCUCAUACAAGUUAUUACAGUUGUGUUGAACCUCAUGAAAGUGGAGAGGAACUUUCCGUACAUUUUGCUACAGGCAUAACUAAGGCUCUGGUCAAGUACAAGGCUAAAAAUAAUGCAUUACCUUCCAGCAUAAUUGUAUAUAGAGAUGGAGUUGGAGAAGGCCAAAUAUCACAUGUACAUAAAACAGAAGUUCGACUUUUGCAGACUGCUUGUGAACAAAUUUAUGGGCCAAAUUCUGUCCCAUUCGCGUUUGUUAUAGUUACUAAACGAAUUAGUGCAAGAUUUUUUGCUCCUGGUCAUAAAGGCCCUGAAAAUCCACGACCUGGUACUAUUAUUGAUACUGUUGUCACUGACCCAACCAAGUACGAUUUCUUUUUAGUUUCACAACAUGUAAGACAAGGUACUGUAACUCCUACCCAUUACCAAGUGAUUGAAGACACUCUAAGACUUCCUCCUGAUAUAAUGCAAAGACUUACUUUUAAGUUGACUCAUAUGUACUACAAUUGGUCGGGUACUGUUCGUGUUCCUGCCCCAUGUCAGCUGGCUCAUAAGUUGGCAUUCCUCACUGGUCAGACUCUCCGACGUGCUCCCCACACAGGACUGGAUGAAUUGUUAUACUUUUUAUAAUUGUGUAUACUUAUAUACUUAUAUACUUAAAAGUAUAUAGAGAAAAUAGAAUUAACUUAGUUUAUGAAUAAAUUUUAAAAUAUUUUCAUUUUGUUAAUCUUAAUAUUUUAUUUUAUAAAUAUUUUAAAAAUAUUUACGAUGAUGUACUAUUUUUUUUUUUAGUUUUAAGUAAUUAUGCAUUUUCUCAUGUAACUUAUUGAUAUUUCUUAAAACAUUUGACAAUUUAAUUUUCAUUAUAAGUCUUAAAAUUUCCAUUGUUUUUCUUUCAUAUUAUAGAAUAAUGUGUAAUAUUUUAUCUUUUAAAAUUUGGAAUAUAAUUUAUAAUUUUACUUGCUUAGUUUUUUCAAUUAACUAAUUACGUUUAAUCUUAAUAUAGUUACUUAUCUAUAACCUAACUAAAUCACUAAAUUAAUUUAAAAAAGAUCUUGAAAAUAUGAAAAGUAGAUUGUGGUAGAUGUACCAUUCAUUACAUGAAAUACGUUUGUUUACUUGGUCUUAAAUUUUUAUCAAACAAUAAAUUUAUAAAAACUGCA